UUAUUAUUUGGUACAAGCAACACUCUCGUGCAAUCCUCUUCCUAUAAAAAUCUUGAACUGUAUCUUCUAAAGUUCAAAAUAACCGAACCCCAUUUUGAAAAAUGGAAGUACACUGCUGCCUCCCUCAUCACCCUCUUUCAUACAGUCCUUUCACUGGAAUUUUGGUCUUUGGUGGUCGUACAGAAGCAAAGCUUGCUGCUAACCCAAGAAAGCUUCAUUCUUUAACUUUGAGUUCUUGCAAUUAUGCCCCAUUUAGUUAUAAAGAUUACAAAUUUGCCAGAAACAGCUCUAUGGAAUUUUCUAUGAUGGCUAUUGGUUCGAAUGUAAGUGAAGAAGAUACAGAUGACAUGUUUGAUGAUCUCCUAAGGAAACAUGGGGAGGUGGUCUACAAAAGAAAUGACCAAAAAACUGCAAGUGAGGAGGUUGAUGAUGAUGCUGAAAGUCUAGCCUUUGCAGUUGCUGUGGCUAAAGUUGCAAGUGAUGUCAAGGCUGGAGAUAUAAAGGUUCUCUUUGUGAAGCCUCUAGUAUAUUGGACUCGGUUUUUCAUUAUUGCUACUGCAUUCUCUCGCCCACAGAUUGAUGCCAUUGGGACCAGAAUAAGAGAUAUGGCUGAGGAAAAAUAUGGAAGAGUUGCUUCUGGAGAUUCAAAACCCAACUCAUGGACGCUACUGGACUUCGGUGAUGUUGUUGUUCAUAUAUUUCUUCGUGAGCAACGUGAGUACUACAAUCUGGAAGAAUUCUAUGGCAAUGCAGCGUCCAUUGAACUACCAUUUGAGAACCAACAACAAUCGCGAGGACCUACAGGUUAUUGAAGUCCCAACAAUGUUGGCCUCGUGGUGAUUGACAGAAACAGUAGCAAAUUAAGACAGGGAACGAUUAACAUAUUUGAGGAAACUCUGUUGAUCCACCUGUUGUACUAUUCUUUUCAUUAGAAAUAAUUUAAUUGCUCUUGUAGAAGAUAAAGCUAUGUACUUGCGUUUGCUCUGUAGAAAUACCUGGUAAGGAAAUAGCUUACAUGCAUAGUUACUGAAUUAAAAAGGGCCCCAAAGGACUCAUUGUCUCGUCCUAUGGAGGAACCUAACGUCCUUAUCCUUC